AUGCUGAAGAAUGACCUCUCACUCGACAGAGCGCUUCAGCUGGAAAAAAAGGCCGUAGACAUUGACGAUCUUUCCCACUCAGAGCCUACCGAAUUAGGCAGAGGGAUGAGGAAAAAGUAAGUGUUUGCUUUUCAUUAAUUUAUCUUUGUAGGUUUGUCAGCCAGCUCACCUCAGACGACGAGGAGGAUGAUGAUGAUGAAGAAAUAGCUGCGCAAAGACCGAGACAAGAUAAUCAAUUAACUGCCUGGCCCACGCCGCCACGCAUUCUCCAGUAAGAAUCCGUGUAUAUUAUGCCAAGUUUUAGACCACGCAAUAGCUCGGAAAAUACACCUUGGUGGAGAGACUCAAGCCAACCUAUGCCACCAAGGGCUAAUCAGUACGCCGUUUCUUUUAAAGUUUACUUAAGGCUGCCCCGGGAACCCAGCACGACCGCGUUUGACAAACGGUUAUCACAGGUGCAGCACGAUGUUGAAUGCGUCCGGUAAGACUGUUCUGACUCUUGAUGACAUGCGAGUAGAAAGAAAGUUGAUUACGUUGCUGAGGAACUCGUCGAACUACGGGCUGACAUAACGCAGGUUAAGGCUACAAUGGCCGAAAUUUUAAAGGGCAUUCAGGAAUUGCGUCUGCCAGCUGAAGCGAGGCCUCCUUCACUGAAGUUGCCUCUGUGUACGAAGGAGGCUUACAAGGCUUUCGUCAGUGAGCUUGAGAAGAAUGCUAGUUUCGCUCAAGAUGCGGUAUGUACAUAUACUGAUACUUCUUUAUUUGAAUGGAUUGUAGAUUAAACGUCUGGCGAUUACAGACGGGCGAAACGAGAAAGAGUUUGUCAGAAAUCUGCUGACCACUCUACUCGGCCACCCCCUAUGCCUCAGUUUCUGCUGGGGCGGAGCAAGAGAUAAGCAGGCCUUCGUCGGCAGCCCCCUUUAUGGCCUUGUUAUUGGUAGGAUAUUUAUUUUUAAGAUUACUUGUUCGGCUGCAAUUCGUGAACAUGCCGCCUUCUCAAAUUGCACCGUUGACACGAUUCGCAAGAGUACAAUUGAUUGGUUCCACGGCGCGCGUGACAGAUACGGUGGCCGAUCAAAGCGGAGAGACAAUACCACUGCAAAUGCCACGGUAAAUUAAUUGACUUGAGUCUUUAUAAGCCACUUUCAGCUUCCCGUCAGCUACAGCUCAGCCGAAGAAUAUAUGAUACAAUCUACUUCCGAGGACACUGUAAGUGAGCGUUUCUUUAUAUCUAUUAAACCUGCAUUUAUUCGAGCCUAUCAACUUCUAACUACUUAAGAUCAUAAAAUAUACUACUAAAAUGCCUUAUUUCAAUAGUAUGUUUUUUGACAAUUUAAUUAAUAGGACGCUGUGCUUUAUUUGAUUGUAGAUACCCGCCACCGACAUGGACGGAUUACCAAAUAUGUCCCUUGAGGAAACAUUACAGCUUGUACAUAUCAAAUUUUUAUCUUUAUCGAUCAAUAAAUUUUCUUUAACCUAUAAAUUGCGUUCAAGUGUGCUGAUCGAUAUGGUUCCUUGGGGGGUUCGCAAUCACGCGUGAAGGUCCGCUAACGGUCGCGGGAGAUAUUGGCUUUGGGAAGGCGAGCCGGAAUGAAACAUGACAUAUUUGGCGAAGUGGGGUUCGCUAGAAGGUAACAAGGGAUAAAAUAGGACAGAUACCGGGAAAAUCUGUCUAGGAAAAGGGUGAUCAGGAUUAUAACGCGAGUAAUUAGACGUUAAUGGAUCGUUAUUACGGUCAGACAGUCUAAUAUGGCCGUGGGUGGGGGCAAAAAACGAUAACUAUAAGGAGUCCCCCUGCGCAUUUUUUUGUCGAUGAGGGGGCCAGAGGCGGCCACAUCGGGGAUUUGCCCCGCCAUAGCCCCCUCUCCAGCCCCUCCAUAGCCCCCUCUGGUCCCGCCAUAGCCCCCUCAUGGGGCGGGGCCAUGAGGGGGCCAGAGGGGGCUGGUGCUGGCAGGGGAUUGCGCUGAAAUUUGGACACAACACAGCCAGCGCAUAGGGCCGGGUUUUUGUCUGUUCAGUUGUGUAAUUAUGCCGAUGGUAUGCCUGUGAUGGGUAAAAAACCGAAUUUUUUCCGGCAUAACAACGCCACCUGCUGCGGGCCACUUGACCCGCAUUCACGCGGACACAUGUGCGCCCAGACUGCGGCUACUUGACCGACAUUCGCUCAAACGCACGUGCUCCGCCCGACAGCCGCGCUCACCCCACCACCCACCCUGUAGGCACUUGAGCAGGCCCUCCACCCUCUCUGGGCCGAUGCGAUAUAGGCAGCAAGGCAAACCACCUCCCCCCUGCAGCAAAAAAAACACGCAACUCUUGGGCUCCACUUGAACUUGCCCCACACUAUCCACCUAAUGGGGCUGUCACCGCUUUCGCCGGGAUUCUCGGGCGCGACGACUGGAUGCAGUUAACAAAGCCCCAUUCCCCCUCCCCCGCACAAUCCCACAUAAGGGUACUGUCACCCAUUGUCAGCCCAGUGUCGUACAGCCCGGUUUGCGGAAGCCCGGUUGCGGUCACAGCUACCGCGUUCUGCAGCUUGAGGUCUGCUUCGUUCAGCAACAGGAUGAACUCUACAAGCUGAAAGUGACUGAAAGACGCCAGCGAGGAACAGCGGGCCAGCGUCCAACACGUCUCUGUGCUCAGCAUUCAGCCUGCGCUCUGAAGAACACAUUCAUUUGCGCGAUGCUGUUGUGA